UUGCGAUUGGCUCCUAGGUUGGACAGGCCCAGUGCGUGGGUGUGCUAUGUGCGGAGGAAGUCGCUGUGAUUGGCUGCUUGGUUUUUGCCGGUUGCAUCAGCUGCGCGCUAGCAAUUUCUUGAGCCUUUGACUGGACAUCGGGGACAGCGAGGGAUUAUGGCCGAGAACGCGACAGACAAGUUGGGAAAAAUGAGCCUGGACAAGCCAAACAUCAGUGGAGGAAAGCCCAAAGAAGGCGGGAAGAAGAAAGGCAAAGAUGGAGCAGGAGAUGGGGCUCGCAGUGAGUUGAAUCCAUGGCCAGAGUACAUCAAUCAGCGGCUUGAAAUGUACAAUAAGCUGAAAGCAGAACAUGAUGCAUUGCUGGCAGAAAAAGCGGCCAAGGAGAGCAAAGCCAUUAAAGUGACACUACCUGAUGGGAAACAAGUAGAUGCAGAGUCCUGGAAAUCCACGCCCUACCAGAUCGCUUGUGGGAUCAGUCAAGGCCUGGCGGACAAUACUGUAGUUGCCAAAGUGAACGGCGCUGUGUGGGACCUUGAUCGACCACUGGAGGAAGACUGCACCCUGGCACUGCUGAAAUUUGAUGACGAGGAAGCCCAGGCUGUCUACUGGCACUCGAGCGCACACAUAAUGGGAGAAGCUAUGGAGCGAGUUUAUGGCGGAUGUUUGUGCUAUGGCCCCCCUAUUGAGAAUGGGUUUUAUUAUGACAUGUACCUGGAUGAUGGGGGAGUGUCCAGCAAUGACUUCACCAGCUUGGAAAACCUGUGUAAGAAGAUCAUGAAGGAAAAGCAGCAGUUUGAGAGAUUAGAGGUCUCAAAGGAAACACUCCUUGAAAUGUUUAAGUACAACAAGUUCAAGUGCAGAAUUCUGAAUGAAAAGGUAGACACUCCAACCACUACAGUGUACAGAUGCGGGCCCUUAAUCGACCUAUGCAGAGGACCCCAUGUCAGGCACACCGGCAAGAUUAAAGCUUUGAAGGUUCACAAGAAUUCCUCCACAUAUUGGGAAGGUAAGGCUGAUAUGGAAACCUUGCAGAGGGUAUACGGUAUUUCGUUUCCAGAUCCAAAAAUGUUAAAAGAAUGGGAAAAAUUCCAAGAAGAGGCCAAAAACCGAGACCACAGAAAGUUAGGAAAGGAACAAGAGCUGUUUUUCUUCCAUGAGCUGAGCCCUGGAAGUUGCUUCUUCUUACCCAAAGGAGCCUAUAUCUAUAACCAGCUGAUUGGCUUCAUCAGACAAGAGUACAGGAAGCGGGGUUUCCAGGAGGUGGUCACCCCUAACGUCUAUAACAGCAAACUAUGGCAAACGUCUGGCCACUGGCAGCACUACAGCGAGAACAUGUUCUCAUUUGAGGUUGAGAAGGAGAUCUUUGCUCUGAAGCCCAUGAACUGCCCAGGACAUUGUUUAAUGUUUGAUCACCGACCACGCUCCUGGAGGGAGCUGCCAAUGCGAAUGGCGGAUUUUGGUGUUCUGCAUAGAAACGAGCUGUCGGGGGCCCUGACCGGACUGACCAGAGUAAGGCGUUUUCAGCAGGACGAUGCUCACAUCUUCUGUGCCAUGGAACAGAUUGAAGAGGAGAUCAAGAGUUGCCUGGAUUUCUUGCGCUCUGUUUACAACGUUUUUGGAUUUACCUUCAAACUAAACCUCUCCACCCGACCAGAAAAGUUCCUUGGUGACAUUGAAGUUUGGAACCAGGCAGAGAAGCAACUGGAGAACAGUCUGAAUGAAUUUGGUGAAAAGUGGGUAUUGAACCCUGGAGACGGUGCCUUCUAUGGGCCUAAGAUUGAUAUCCAGAUUAAAGACGCCAUCGGCCGAUACCAUCAGUGCGCCACAAUUCAGCUCGACUUCCAGCUCCCCAUCCGCUUCAACCUCACCUACGUCAGCCACGACGGUGACGACAAGAAGAGACCGGUCAUUAUUCACCGCGCCAUCCUUGGAUCGGUGGAACGAAUGAUUGCCAUCCUAACCGAGAACUUUGGAGGCAAAUGGCCACUCUGGCUCUCUCCUCAGCAAGUGAUGGUGGUGCCCGUCGGCCCAACGUGUGAUGAAUAUGCCCAGCAGGUCAGAGAGCAGUUCCACCGCGCUGGGCUCAUGACUGAUGUUGAUUUGGAUCCUGGCUGCACUCUCAAUAAGAAGAUCAGAAACGCACAGCUGGCUCAGUACAACUUCAUUCUAGUGGUCGGGGAGAAGGAGAAAGCCAGUGAAACUGUAAACAUUCGCACACGAGACAACAAGGUGCACGGAGAACGCACGGUGACAGAGACGAUCCAGAGACUGCUUCAGCUAAAGGAGUCGCGGGCCAAGAACUCAGAAGAAGACUUUUAAUAUCAUUACUGCUUCCAGAACUGCAGAUCCAGCACUGACCGGAAUCUCGCAAUGUAGAACAGAAAAUCUCUUGCUUGCUAUGUGUGUUGAGUCUAGGAACCAGAAAAUGAGCCUAAAAACAAACUAUUUACUCAAAUCACUUGUUAUAAGAAUAAUGUCUUGUGCUUCUUUGCAAAUGCUUUUCUCAGGGGGAGCCGCCAUCUUAGUAUGUUCUUCAGAUUAUGGUUACUGGUGCUGGUUAUCCCACUGGCCCUGCCGGCUUUUGUCUUACAGAUCAUAUUCUUUCUUUUUCUAGCACUCGUUUUGUCUUCAGAAUGCUUAAAUGCUUGUAGGAAUAAAUGCUUCCGCCAGGAUUAGACUUCAAGGCAGAAUUUACCUUUAACUUGCAGUAUGAUGUAGGCAGUCACUUUCUGAGACAGUCAACCACCCUUUUUAACCCAUAGUUGUAAGUUUGGAAUGUUACUGUUAUUUAUUAGGUGUCCCCCCACCCUGGAACCAGAGGGCACUUUAUAGUCUGUAGCGCUGUAGAGAAUAACUAAAAAAACUACAAAAAAACAAGAACUGUCAUAUUUUUUUAGAUUUUUUUUUUUUUUAUAUAUAUAUAUAUAUAUACCUAAUGUUAUUUGAAGGUCGGCAUCCCCUUUAGACACAUCAGAGCGACUUGGCUCUGUGUUAAGGAGACCAAAGGCAUUUGUGUGGGUCAUCGGAAACAACAUAAGCAGCACGAACAAGUUCUCCUCCUGUUACAUCCCUUUAAGACAUUUUCAUUCAACAAAAAAGUAAAUUGAAAAUUGAAGUAAAUCUUAAUAAAACUUUUGAAAAGAA